UGAAAUUCCACGCAGUCUAGGCGGGUCGUCCUGGUCGCGGAGCCGCUCUGAGCCAUAGAUGUAAGAGGUUUCCAUCAUCAGUUUUCUAGCACCAGCCAUGGAGCUUUCACCCCAUGUACAAGAGAAGCUGCACUCAGGGCACAAAGUUACUGCUGUAGUGGAGGCUGGACUAGUUCAAGAAUUCAUCAAGACUACUCGAGUCGUUGCACUCAUUGAAGUUGCAUCGGCAGAAGCCAAGCAAGGUGGAGAACAAGCUCUCCUUAUAUUUCAGACUGCAAGAGUGCCAGUCCAUAGUGCUAUUGACUUGAGCAUCGAGCAGGUCCUCCCUAUUGACAGCAAUCUCAAGUGUGAAAUUGUGCUUGGGAAACGAAGAGGACCUCCACCAGAGUUUUCAUGGCUUCUUCCUUACCAAAACUCUGCAAGCAGUUCCAAUGAGGGAGAACUGGCAACCUUGGGCCAGAACAAUCCUGCCAGUGGUCCAGACAACUUGGAUGCUGUCAGCUUGGGUGAUGUUAGUGUGGACGUAAUGCAGACCCCACCUGCACCCUCCCUUGACCCUGCUAUCAGUAUUACUGACAACAGUAGUGUGCAUCAUGAUAAUGAAAAGAGUCCAGACUUGGGAGUCAACCGACAUAGCAUUGCUGCCGGUCUGUCUCCAACACCUAUUGCUGCCAGGGAGAGCCACAUCAGGCAUCAGAUGACAUUGAGGGAAGACUCCUAUACCAACAUUCAUAAUUUUACGGUAUUUGCAGGGACAUGGAAUGUGAAUGGUCGUUCUCCCACAGUUGGCUUGGCUGAAUGGUUGUCAGUGGAUGAGGAGCCACCCGAUGUCUAUGGUAUUGGUUUUCAGGAACUAGAUUUAAACACUGAGACAUUCCUCUUCAAUAAUACACCAAAGGAACAGGAGUGGUUGAAUGCUGUAUUGAAUGGAAUUCAUCCAAAAGCAAAAUACAAAAAUGUUCGUUUGGUGCGCCUUGUUGGAAUGAUGCUUAUAAUAUUGGUGCAAGAGAAACACUUUGCUUAUGUCAGCAAAGUUGCCAUUGACACAGUUGGAACAGGCAUCAUGAACAAACUGGGCAACAAAGGAGCAGUAGCUGUAAGGUUUGAGCUGCAUAACACUUCAAUAUGCUUUGUUAAUGCACAUAUGGCAGCACAUCUUGAGGAAGUAGAGAGAAGAAACGAAGAUCAUGAUUGCAUAUUCCAAAGAACAUGUUUCCACAUGAAUAUAAACAGUCCACCAAAGACUAUAAAAGACCAUGACCAUAUAUAUUUCAUUGGCGAUAUGAAUUAUCGAAUCAACCCAAGUGAUGCAGUGAAUAUUAGAGAGGUUGCAAGCAGUGGAGAUUUUAAGAUUCUUUUGGAAAAUGAACAGCUGAAUCAGCAGAGGGCUAUAAAGAGAGUCUUCCAUAAAUUCAAUGAAGGAGAUAUCACCUUCAAGCCUACUUUUAAAUAUGAUGUUGACAGUGAUGAGUGGGAUUCCAGUGAAAAGGCAAGGCAGCCAGCUUGGUGUGAUAGAAUUCUAUGGUAUGGUGAUGGAAUAAUGCAAAAUGUCUAUCGAUCACAUCCAGCUCUGAAGAUCAGUGACCAUAAACCUGUCAGUGCUGUCUUCCAGGCUGGGAUAAAGGUGAUAGAUACACGUAGAUAUCGGAGAAUAUAUGAAGAAGUUAUGAAGAAACUUGAUAAGCUAGAAAAUGAGUUUUUGCCACAAGUGACUGUAGACACCACUGAAGUUAUCUUAGAGCCUGUAAAGUUCCUGCAGACACAAACUAAAUAUCUUACAAUUGCUAAUACUGGACAGGUUCCUGUGCAAUUUGAAUUCAUAAAGAAGUUGAAUGAUACAAGUUACUGUAAGCCAUGGCUUUCCAUCAGACCCUUUGUAAAUUUUAUCAUGCCAGGUGAGUAGAAAUGUUUUAGGUCAACAUUGAAUU